AUGCAAAAUUUAUUUGAUGAACUGUUGAGGAAGGUAGAGAAAGAUAAAGACAAAGACAAGGAUGGAAAGAAAGAUAAAAAGAAAGAGGAGAAGGAAGUGAAGGUGAUACCUAUCAUACAAACUGAGGAUGUUAAUGGUAACGACAAUGGCCCCCCUCCGGAUGCUCCUCCUCCAACAUCGCUGAAGAAGAGUAACUAUGGUGGAGGAAAUUUAGGCCCCGUAAUUCCACGUCGGGAUCGACGACAAUCAAGUAGCCUGUUUAAUGUGUCAACUAAUAGGGAGCUUACCAAACUACCAGCGAUAAAAGAAGCGGACGCAAUGGAACGUGAAGAACUAUUCAUCCAGAAAUUGCGGCAGUGUUGUGUGGUGUUCGAUUUUGCACAGGAUCCAUUAAGUGAUAUGAAAUACAAAGAGGUGAAACGAGCUACACUUAACGAACUAAUCGAUUACGUGUCGACAUGCCGGGACGUUAUCACUGAUAAUGUUUAUCCAGAGGCCAUAAAUAUGUUUGCUGUCAAUCUCUUUCGACCACUUUCUCCACCAACUAAUCCUAUAGGUGCAGAAUUCGAUCCUGAUGAGGAUGAGCCUACGCUUGAGGCGGCUUGGCCGCAUUUGCAGCUUGUUUACGAGUUCUUUCUCCGUUUCCUGGAAUCGCCUGACUUCCAGUCAUCCAUAGCAAAGAAGUACAUUGAGCAUAAAUUCAUGUCCCGUCUACUGAUGAUUAUGGAUUCGGAAGAUCCUCGAGAACGGGAUUUUCUCAAAACAACUUUGCAUAGAAUAUAUGGGAAAUUUCUAGGCAUGAGGGCAUAUAUCCGAAAGCAGAUCAACAACAUCUUUUAUUGUUUUAUUUAUGAAACCGAGCGUCAUAAUGGCAUUGCGGAAUUGUUAGAAAUACUUGGAAGUAUUAUCAAUGGAUUUGCACUUCCGCUCAAAGAAGAACACAGAACGUUUUUACUUCGAGUACUGUUACCUUUACAUAAGGUGAAGUCUUUGUCGACAUAUCACCCUCAGUUGGCGUAUUGCGUAGUUCAAUUCCUCGAGAAGGAUCCAUCACUCACCGAACCUGUAAUUUUGGGUCUGCUAAAAUUUUGGCCUAAAAUUCACAGUCCAAAGGAGGUGAUGUUCCUUAACGAAUUGGAAGAAGUUCUAGAUGUUAUAGAGCCUGCAGAAUUCCAGAAAGUUAUGGUUCCAAUGUUUACACAAUUAGCGCGAUGCGUCAGUAGUCCUCAUUUUCAGGUUGCUGAACGUGCACUCUAUUACUGGAACAAUGAGUAUGUGAUGUCGCUGAUUGGAGAAAAUGCUGCUGUAAUCCUACCAAUAAUGUUCCCGGCAUUGUACAAAAAUAGUAAAUCACAUUGGAAUAAAACAAUCCAUGGUUUGAUCUACAACGCGUUGAAGCUAUUAAUGGAAAUCAAUCAGAAACUGUUUGAUGAAUGCUCGCAAAACUAUGCUAAGGAGCGUUCAAUGGAGAAAGUUCGGCAGGAAGAAAAAGAGAGAAUGUGGCAAUUGAUAGAGCAGAUUGCGCGAAAAAAUCCUAAGUAUAGUGAAGUACAGACCCUUUUUGGCAGUGUGAAUGGGGUGACAUGUGACAUGGAGGCCUUAUCAAUAAGAUCAAGCAGGCUUGCAACAUCGACCGAAGAUGAAGCUAUUCAAUUAAAUAAAGAGGAAAUCAUUCGAAAUAUGCUAAAUAGGGUGAGUUUUGUUGCCUACGGCAUAUGUUUACCUUGA